CUACAACACAUAAAUUAUUUAAUAACAAAGUAUAAAAUUAUGAAAUUUGUGAACAAAACCUAUGAAAACAACCAAACUGAUACAUAAGUGAAACUGAUGAAACCCCCAAUUUUUAACAUAGUAAACUGAGCUUUUGUUUAAUGCGAAACAAGUUUUAAAUCUCUCAUUACUACUAUAUAAAAAUUUCUAUGCACUUGUAAUCUUCACAGAAACAACAAGAGAAGCCUAAAGCAAUGAAGACUUCCAUGGGCAUCCUCGUCGUAGUCUUCUUUGCGACCUUCCUCGCUAUCUCUGCUGCUCCUCCCUUAAACCCCCAGGAAUCUUGCAUACGAAGAAACAUCAACAGGUCACAACCACCAAGCUCUUCACUCGAACACAAGACGUCAAUCUUCGACUCUCUUAGGGACAAUUUGUGCAGAGACAUGGCUCGUGCCGUCAUGUUCUAUGUGAGGAUAACCGGAAAGUUUCCAGCUCACUAUGUUAAGGCGAUGUGUAAUGUGUUUGGAAAUGAUGAGAAGAAAGUGAAAGAGUAUGUUAUGGAUAAAUGGUUGGGAGGUUCGAAACUCCUGUCUAAUGUAUCUUGUGCUUUUCAUUGAUUUGUUCUGUGAUUGACGUUGAAAAGUUAAAACACUUGUUUACUAUUUU